ACUUUAUACACAGUAUUUGGGUUUCCAGCCAACUGUCGUGUAUUGACGGGGGUUCGGUUGAACCGGUUUACUUUGACACAUUCUGGCGGCUCUCUGUACAGUGUAGAGCCAUGUCUCCAUCAGUAGCCCUGCAGGAGAUGAUCCGGGCCAUCAGGUCAGCGAGGACGCAGUGUGAGGAGCGGGGUGUCAUCCAGAGGGAGUGUGCAGCCAUCCGGGCACAGUUCAGACAAGCCGACAAUGGGGGGCGGUCGCACAACCUGGCCAAGCUGCUCUACGUGCACAUGUUGGGCUACCCGGCUCACUUUGGUCAGAUGGAGUGUGUUCGGAUGAUAGCCAGCCCUCGCUACAGCGAGAAGCGUGUGGGAUACCUCGGAGCCAUGAUGCUGCUGGAUGAGAAGCAGGAUGCCAGUUUGCUCAUCACCAACUCUAUCAAGAAUGACCUUUCUCACAGCAACCAGUAUGUCCAGUCUCUGGCUCUGUGCACGCUGGCCUGUAUGGGCUCAGCCGAGAUGUGCAGAGAUCUGGCACCAGAGAUCGACAGGCUGCUCCGACACUCCAACUCCUACAUAAAGAAGAAGGCUGCUCUGUGUGCUGUUCACAUUGUGAGAAAGGUCCAUGAACUGGGGGAGCUUUUCGCGCCCGCCGCUCGUUCCCUCCUCUCUGAGAAAAACCACGGUGUGUUGCAUGGUGCCGUGGUGCUCAUCAUUGAGCUGUGUGAGCGGAAUCCAGAAACACUGGAGCGGUUCAGAAAGACAGUGCCAGAUCUGGUUCAGAUCAUGAAAGGUCUGGUCCUUUCGGGUUAUUCUCCAGAACACGACGUGGCAGGAAUCAGUGAUCCCUUCCUGCAGGUGCGCAUCUUGAGGCUGCUGAGAAUCCUCGGCCGCAACAACGAAGGAGCCAGUGACGCCAUGAACGACCUACUGGCUCAGGUGGCGACCAACACUGACAGCACUAAGACUGUGGGCAACGCUGUGCUGUAUGAGACUGUUCUCACCGUGCUGGACAUCAAGUCAGAGAGUGGCCUCAGGGUUCUGGCAGUGAACAUCCUGGGAAGAUUUCUCCUGAAUAACGACAGGAACAUUCGGUACAUUGCCAUGACGUCUCUUCAAAAGAUCGUUGGGACGGACCACAAUGCAGUGCAGCGCCACCGGGGAACCAUAGUGGACUGCCUGAAGGACCAGGAUGCAUCUGUCAAGCGCCGCGCGUUGGAGCUCUCCCUGGCGCUGGUGUCGGCCUCCAACAUCCGCUCCAUGAUGAAGGAGCUGCUCCUCUUCCUCUCCUCCUGCCCCCCUGAGCUCAGGGCGCACGCUGCCAGCGGCAUCUUCAACGCCGCAGAGAGGUAUGCUCCCUCCCAGCGCUGGCACAUUGACACCAUGCUGCAUGUCCUCACCACGGCAGGGGGCGACGUGAGAGACGAGACGGUGCCCAACUUGAUCCAGCUCAUCACCAUCGCCUCAGAGCUGCACUGUUACACCGUCCACAAGCUCUACCGCGCUCUGCUCACCGACAUCUCUCAGCAAUCGCUGGUGCAGGUGGCGUGCUGGUGUAUAGGAGAGUAUGGAGACCUGCUGCUCAGAGGAGAUUGUCAGGAGACUGAGCCUGUUCAGGUCACCGAGGACGACGCCCUGGACGCCUUGGAAACGGUUCUGCAGUCGCACAUGUCGUCGCCGGCGACCAGAGGCUUUGCUCUCACCGCCACCAUGAAACUGAGCACACGCAUCACUGAUAAUGUGGAUCGCAUCAGAAGCAUCGUCAGCAUCUAUGGCAGCUGUAUAGAUGUGGAGCUCCAGCAGAGGGCAGUUGAAUAUAAUGCUCUGUUCAAAAAAUAUGACCACAUGAGGGCAGCAGUGCUGGAGAGGAUGCCUGUGAUCGAGAGGAACUCCCCGGGUCAUACCAACGGAGAGUCAACAGGGGAGGCCAUCAAGGAAAUCCCGACAGCCAAAAUCAAGCAGGGAGAGCCGCUGUUGCCACAGCAACCUGCUAACCAGGUGUGUGAUCUCUUGGACCUGCUGGGAGGCUCUGAGGAGACUCUGCAGCCCAGCCCAGCAGUCGGCGGUUCAGCGCCUGGCCUGUCCGUCAACGCAGCCGGCACUGCUGGAGGAGACCUCCUGGAUCUGCUGGGAGGGUUAGAGCCUGCACUGCUCGCACCAGUUCCUACAGUGCCGGUAUAUGACAAAGGCGGCCUCACUUUGACACUAAGCUGUGAGAAACAGUCAGACACGGGCCUGACAGUCACACUAACAGCCUCCAACUCCACCGACUCAGACAUCAGCAGCUUCACCCUGCAGGCUGCAGUGCCCAAGAGUGUCCAGUUACACAUGAAGGCUCCCAGUGGGGACUCUCUUCCUGCACGAGGCACAGCUAAGGUGACCCAGAUGGUGGUCCUCAACAACCCAAACAAGGUGAACCUGAAGAUGAGGGUCCGCAUAUCUUACACCCGCCAAGGAUCGGCCUUUCAGGACACAGUCCAGAUCGACUCCUUCCCUGGACUCGACGCUGCCGGCCACUGACAGCGAACAUUCACUCCAACGGGACUAUGACAACAGUCUGUGGAUGAGUCAGCAGGCCUCGCCCCUCACUGACGGAAGUAUUUUUUUGUAUUGUUUUUCUUCGGUCGCACCCUCUACACUACCGUCCAAGCUGCUGUUUCUGAAACUCCUGAUGUUGUUUGUGUUUCUACGACUGAAGAACACAGUUCUUUCACAUGAACUCACAUAUUUCGCCCCUCAUCUGGAAU